GCCUUACCGGUUUUAAUCCAAUGUAACCUUGGGAUAACAGAUACCAUCCACACCGGCUGGCAAAGUUCAAAAUAAUAUAAAUACCGCUCUAAUCCGGAGGUAUUCUGAGUAAAAAAUGUAAUAGAAACUAUCGACUACCGACCAUACAAAAUGAAGUUCACUUCUAUCCUCGCUACCUUGGCUGCCGCCUCCUCUGUUGUUGCUGCUCCAAUCGCUGAUCCAGCCGCUGCUCUCCCAUGUUUCAUCUUCUGCCCUAAGACCACCGCUGUGGCCACCACUACUUCUGUCACUGUUCCUCUCGCCUCCCUCCAAGCCUCUGUGGUGUCCGAAGUGGAAGAGGCGUAUUCUACUCUUGCGGCAUUUGUCUCUUCUUUGGCUGCCCACCCAACUGCAGCAGUCCCUAAUGUGGUACUGUCUGUUAUCUCUGUUGUCCAAGAUCAGGAGAGUGCUAUCAGCUCUAUCAUCAGUGUCAUUAUUGCUGACGGUUCUGGUCCUUUUGCAACCUCCAUUCUUGCACAAGAGGCUAUUAUCCACAGCGCUUUGGAUAAUGUCAUCGCAGCUGCUACCAGUGCUCUUACCGACCCAUCCCCAGCCUCAGCUGCCCUUACAAUUGCCACCGCCAUUUCUGUCGCCGAGCCAGCUAUCAAAGGGGCCUUCUCUCAGAUUGUCUCCCUAUUGAUUUCUCUCUUUGCUAGUGUCGCCAACCCAUCGAAGGUCACUGCCGCGUUGCUCACCACCGUUCAAGGUAUCUUGAGUGCUCUUACCAACAUUUUGACCAUUGGUAACGCCAGUGGAAGUCCUCUCGCUGCCAUUGUCAGCACGGUCGGACUUCUUGUGGAUUUGAUUACCCAGUCUUCAACCGGUACCAACAUCACCAGCAGCCUCCUCAGUCUUCUUCAAAACCUUUUGGGUGGUCUUUUCUCCAGCUGAGCGUUAAACCUUUACAAGUUGAAGCGCUUCGCCAGGAGCGAGAUUUUUAUACACGCAAGCUCUAAAACAGGGUUUAUUCUCUUACUUCCCAUCAAAACGCCUGGAGCGUCUGUUUGAAUAUAUUUACUAUUGUAUGGCACGGUUUAU